AUGCAAGAAACGAGUUCGAGCUCGGCGGCGCUCGUGCGUUUGCGAGCGAGGGCGACUGAGAGCUACUGAGAGUGAGAGCGACGUCUUGACGCCUUUCGGAGGCGGCUUCGGCGCCUUUGAAAGUCGUAGGGCGUCGGUGCUGUGUUCACCUCACAAAACUCGAGCGUGGUAGCGAGCCUUCGUAAAUCGAGCAGCCACUCCCAAGGCACCAAAACAGGGACGGACCUUCGAGUCGAUCGAACAAAAUUGGCGCGGCCGCCGGCCGCGCGGCAUGGCGACGCUCACCUUUCGCGAAUCUGCAUGAUGUGAGUUCAUUUAUUAAACAAGAGUAGGCGCUAUGACUGACCUCAACUCCCCUCGCUCCUGUAGCUUGCAUGGGGCACCAAAGGCUCGACCGUGAUCAAGGAUCUCGGACACGCCGCCAAGACCAAAGACAAGGACGGGCAAGACAUUGUCGAGGUCGAUAUCCCGACCGCGCCCGACGACAUCGACACGUUGUGGAUCCAAAUGCGUAAAGAGAUGUCGCAACCGGUGAUCGAAACGCACACCAAACGAACGAUCGAUCAAAAGCAAGCCGAUCGAUUCGCCGUAUUGAGGACCAACGUCUUGCUCUCCUACCUAGGGAUCAAUCUCGCUUUGGUGAUCGGGUUCACCUCGAAAUUCUGGACCGAGUUCUUGGCCAAAGAGUCCAAGAAUGGGGUCGUGAUCAAUUAUUACAUGGUCGGCAUCUUUUGGGCCGUCGCGGCGCUGUCGGCGUUUAGGUUGAUCGGCUCGACGCUGUAUUUGGUGUUGAGGAUGGUUGGGUUCUGA